AACAAAUGGGACGGUCGUGCAGCCAAGUCAACUUGGCUUCCAGUCACCAUAUAUUUGCUGUAACCGAACCGAUAUAAAGCUCUCGUCCACGGCGAGCAACAUCCAAGAUGCAGUGUCGGAAGGUGAUGCGAUGUCGAACAUAACGGCCACCAGCCGACAACGUCGGAACAUUCCCGAAGAUUGACUUCGAGUUUCCGCCUCUUCCAUAAUCGCGAUCCUGACAAAGACAUCUAUCUGUCUACGCAUACCUAGGCAAACACUCCUCAAUCUAACACCGUCUUGCUCCGUGUCGCCAAAUCGGUCUCGAACCUCGGUAUCCAUUCAUUCUGCGGGGAAGCUGGUCCUUGCAAAACGCGGGGAUGGGGUCCCGCUCCCCCAACCGCCAUCCUCCUUCUCCAACAAAGGCGUCCAAUCGCAACAUCAAUAAUUUUCCUAGUCACAGCACCUUCCAGGAUGUUGAAGCUCCAAGCUUCCACUUCCUCCAGAUCUCUGGCACUUCUGCGCACCCCCACCUUUGUAGGGAGGCCGACCAUAGCUCCCCUCAGCUCGUCCCCUUCCCUCGAAUAUGAGAGUCAUGGAAACAAGACGGAUUUCGGGCGAACCGGCGAACGUCUCCCUAGCCCACCGUCCCGUCCGAACCAGACAUACACCAAGUUGGGGUAUUUAUUAGGGGCCCUCGACAAACGUGUUCCGUGGCGGGCGGUCAACCCGUUCCUCGUUAAUAAACCCAGCUGCCCCCUCCCCCCCGGUCAAGUUGCACAACUUCCUCGGAUUGCUUCAAGAACAUUGCGAGUGGAUAUCGUGAAUCAUUUUGGCGUUUAUACAUAUUGGCGUUCGGCUCACCUUCCGUCCUCCUCACCGUUCCGUUAACCGUUCUCCUCCUCCUUUUGUUACUCGAACUUCGACCCAUAGCCAACCAGUAACCGCCCAAAAUGGUGAUCAACUCAAGAUGGACGGUUGAUAUUCCACGCAGCUCCCUACAGAAAUGGAUCUUUGGCUCAGCAACCGAACCUCUCGCGGAUACAAAGUCGUUCAUCGACCCCGAGAAUCCCGACAGCAACUACAUCACCCUCAGUGACUACCGACUCCUCUCGAAGAGGGUGGCCCUGGGCCUGCAAAAGGCCGGCUUGAAGACUGGCGAACGAGUCUUGAUCUUCUCGGGCAACAACAUUUUCUUCCCCUCGAUUUUCCUCGGCGUUCUCAUGGCGGGUGGCAUCUUCACUGGUGCCAACCCAACCAUGGUGACAAGAGAACUCGCCUAUCAGCUUCGCGAUAGUGGCGCCAGUUACAUGUUUGUUGCCGAGGCAGCUCUGAAGACGGGCCUCGAAGCGGCAAAGGAGGCCGGGCUGCCCAGAGAUCGCGUCUUCAUCCUUGGCGGCAACACCCCUGUCGCUCCCGAGUUGAUUGCUUCCACGAACCCGAGCCCAGGUGUUCAGGGGAAGGCGGAAGGGGCCCGACACUGGACCGAGCUGCUUGUUGGAAAUCGCUCACAGGCUGAGAAGUGGUCGUGGCAGGAGCCUGCUGACCCAGAGAACACUCUCUGCUGCCUCAACUACAGCAGCGGGACGACGGGAGUGCCCAAGGGUGUCAUGAUCACUCAUUACUCCUAUGUUGCCAACAGUGUCGGCGUCGUCUACAUCAACAACCUGGAUCCCCAAUUCCAAGAGAAGCAGAAGCGAGCCCGGAUGGUCUGCUUCCUUCCACUCUAUCACGCAUACGGUCAGACAUACUUCGUCGCCACCAUGCCGUACCUCCGUACCCCAGUAUACAUCAUGCAAGGCUUUGAUUUUGUGAAGCUUCUCACGUAUAUCCAAAAGUUUCGCAUUACCACCCUGGCUUGCGUACCCCCAAUCGUCAUUGCCUUUGCCAAGCACCCUGCGGCCAAGAAGUUCGACCUUUCCAGUAUCGAGAGCAUAGGAUCUGGAGCGGCCCCGUUGGGCCUUGAGGUCGCCAGAGAAGUUGAAAAGAUGCUUCCAAAUGCCGACUACAUCCGCCAGGGAUGGGGAAUGACCGAGGUCACCUGCACGGCAAUGGCCUGGGAUCCUAACAGCACCGAGGGUUCCUCCGGUGGUGUGGGUGAGAUGAACCCCAACUGUAAGGCAAAGCUCAUGUCUCUGGAUGGAAAGACAGAAAUCACCAAGGCUGGCGAGCGAGGUGAACUCUGGGUGUCGGGUCCCACUCUGAUGCGUGGCUAUUGGAACAAGCCUGAACAGACUGCCGAUACUAUCGUGGUCGACGGCGAUGGGACUCGUUGGCUCAAGACCGGGGACAUCUCGUACGUGGAGAAGUAUGAGCCCGGUGGUAUCUUCCACAUCGUGGACCGCUCCAAGGAGCUGAUCAAGGUCAAGGGUAACCAGGUUGCACCAGCAGAGCUGGAGGCUCUUCUUCUUGAGAACCCAGACGUGAAUGAUGCUGCUGUUGUUGGUGUAACGAUCAACGGUGAAGAGCUGCCGCGGGCGUACAUUGUGCGGAAUCCAACAUCGAAGGCUUCGGAGCAGGACGUUGCCAAGUGGAUGGAGGGCAAGGUUACUCGUUAUAAGCGGUUAAAGGGUGGUGUUGUGUUUGUGGCCGAGAUUCCAAAGAAUCCGUCUGGCAAGAUUCUCCGCAAGAUUCUGCGGGAGCGUGCGGCGAAGGAGGUGGGCGACAGUGCGCCCAAAGCGUCCAAGCUGGCUUGA